AAAUUGGGGUCCUUUCUUGCGAGAGGCUGGCUGUCGAGGUGUUUUUUGGAGUCACAUUGUUACACACAACUGUGGUAAAUAUCACCAAAUUCAACCACCAUAUUCCGAGCGGGCUGUUUGAGUAAUGUUGAUAAAUAAGCGGUUCACGCGCCUCGGGCUUUUUUCCUUACUCGCCGGGUUGUUCGGGUUUUUUAAUCGUCGAAGGGUGUGUUGUUUUUUUUUUCAGUCGCCGACAUUACACGGUAACGUUAGCGCUAGCGAAGCUAACAAGCUAGCUUUGAAAACCCACAAAACACCCAUUCUGAUAGUCUGUGAAGUUAAAAACUUGGGAGGCGUUGAUGAGCAGCGAUGUCUGGCAUUGCUCUUAGCAGACUAUCUCAGGAGCGCAAAGCCUGGAGGAAAGACCACCCGUUUGGCUUUGUUGCUGUACCCACUAAGAAUCCAGAUGGAACCAUGAAUCUGAUGAACUGGGAGUGCGCCAUUCCCGGGAAGAAAGGAACCUUGUGGGAGGGAGGACUCUACAAGCUCCGAAUGCUCUUUAAAGAUGACUACCCCUCCUCUCCACCUAAAUGCAAGUUUGAGCCACCGAUUUUUCACCCAAACGUUUACCCAUCAGGCACCGUGUGUCUGUCCAUCCUGGAGGAGGACAAAGACUGGAGACCUGCCAUCACUAUCAAACAGAUCCUGCUGGGUGUCCAGGAGCUGCUGAAUGAGCCCAACAUUCAAGAUCCAGCACAAGCAGAGGCUUACACAAUUUACUGUCAAAACAGGAUGGACUACGAGAAGCGAGUACGGGCACAGGCCAAGAAGUUUGCCCCGUCGUAAAGCCUCGCGGCGCCCGGCCUGAACUGAGAGGUUUCAAACAGGAGGCAGGCAGCACCUGAAGGACCACUCCCACAACAAUCCGGUUUUGAGUAUUAUUACACUAUUACACAGGCGUCAAGUGGACCUGUUUUACUUUCUUCCUAUUAUUAUAUUAUUUUUUUUAAACAUUAAAAGUUCAGUAAGAUCGUAAUUUUACCUGUCUUCAAAAAAAAAAAUAAGAAAAAAGAAAUGAUGCACCUCGAGUGCACAGCUAAUGAUCCUAGAACUCUGCUGUUAGUAUGACUCCUGUAUCUCUUGUAUAAUCCAUCUCUCCAGUUUACCAUGAGUGCAGAGCUUCCAUGCCUCCAUUCAAGCUAUGAACCGUGCUAAUGUAUCGACCCAGCUGUAGAAAUACGAUUCUGUGUCCAAAAACACUCUUUGUAACGUUCAGUCAGCAUCAGCGGAGAACAAUUGAACUUUUAGCGAGUUUUUUUUUUUAAUAAACCGUCAAACACCCAGAAGUAUUGUAGAUAGCGUUUUCAUGAAUGUGGACGUGAGGCAGUCGAGGAGCGCUCCCGGCCCGCCGCCGUCCCGCUUUAUCGCGCUCGCAUCUCGUCUGAGCAUCAAGAAAAAGCCCUCAAAAAGCGUCGAGGUUUUCCCACACAGAAGACAAUCCCGACACUGGCGAACGCCCGGCUUCCGCUUCUUCCACGGAGUUUAUUUCAACUUUUAUUGCAGUGAAACCGAGACGCCGCGACUUGAUUCAGCUCCAAAUUCCAGCUAAUUGUCACUUAAACGUUUGCACAUUCAGCAUCAGAAUGACUUCUUCCAAGACGCAAUAAGACUGUAGAGAAGUCGCUUAGUAAAAUUAGUUUAAAAAAAACAAAAAAAAAACCCUGUUGGCGUGUUAUUGAUUUUGGCACUAUUCAUUCGGGUUGUUUUCUCCCACCUGCUUACAAAGUGAGAAAUUGGAAAUGACUUAUCAACCAGCAACGAUGACAGAUGAAAGUGCAGUUGAGCGUCAGCAAAGAUCUGAUCUUUAUCUUUUUCUUUCCUUUCUGUUAUUUUUUUUUUUUUUUUUUUUUUUUUUUUUUUUUUUUUGCCUCUGAAUAGACGAGUGCAUGUACAUAAUAUAAAUAAUGGAAAGUUGUGGAAGUUAUGUUUUAUAUUGUUUUAGCCAGUUGACAUUUGUGUGUGGUAUAACAAAAGACAAGGAAUUGCAU